CAGAGAUUAAACCACCGGAGUGCAGAUUGUGGGCUGUUCUGAUGACUCAAGAUGGUAACAGCUGUUUAACAGAAAAGUAGAGCUGCUUUAGAUUCCUGCAGGUGUGUCUAAUUUGCUUUCCUUUCAGGCGGAAAGUGAAGUGAAUGGCGUCGGAGAACACGGUUUGUCCUGGCCGGUGAAAGUUCUUGAUGCAAGCAAGGACGGCGAAAUCGUAAAAUUCACCAUACAAACCAACAUUGUAAGUCCACUUCGCUUAUCUCUGAUUUUAUUGAAAUCUACCCUUGUUAUCCUCGGAGAAUGGUACUGCGACCUUAAUCCAUCCGCAUUUCCUUGAAAUAGUUCGCAGACUUGCAAGACGAUUCUGAAAAAUGAGAUAGCUUUAGAAUUUCGCUUUGCCAUAACCUAUCCAAGUUUCAUGAAGUUUGGGAGAGUGACGAAUCCAGCCGGACAUUUACCUUUCUCUUCUCUGCUGCAGCUAGAAGAUUGUUGUAAUACUGAAAUUUCUGUGAUCAUCCAUAUUCAUUAUCGUCCAUUACAAACCAACCGUUUCGGUUUGUUGCUUUUGUUACUUUUCAGCUGGCUAAUAAACCUCGUGAUAUCCUCGAGAGAGGUCAUGUCAGUCUUUUUAAAGGUCUUUAUUUUGAGGCCAGCUAAUAGUGUAGAUUUUUUUAAAGCAAUCCGGGGUUGGGUUAUCAAAGAUUGCCGGUUUGCCAAGUUAAACAUUAAGAUUGUAAAGAGAAGAUAUGUUUUGAUCCCAUCCGAGAAUUAAGGCGAGGGGCAAAGAAGAGAGCGUGGUUUUGUUCUCUUCUUAAUUCAUGAUGGUGGUAUGCUGUCUGCAUCUUCAAAUCCUGAUGGUAUUGCAAGUCACAACCUGCAAUUUUUAAGAUGUUUUUUAAAUACCUUUACCCUGUAGCUCUUCAAUUUGCAGUUCUAUUGCUAAAUUAUCCGGCAAUGGCAGAGAGUUUGAAUACAAGAGUUUUUCUAAAGAAAAAAAUCAGACAAUUUUUUCUUAACAUUGAGGUACAAAAUUUUUCUUGAUGCAUUAUUACAGGGAAUAUAAUUAGGAUUGAGUGAGAACAAUAAUAUUUUACAAUUUUCCAGAUCUUAGGGGAACUGAAGCAAAUAGCAAAGGGUUUUUAAAACUCUUCUAUCCAUUACAAGAUUGUCCAGCACCUAAUUUGUCCUAAUGGUGUUAUUAUUGAGACAAGCAUAAGGGCAUGGGUAAAUAGGAAAUGAUGGCUAACUGAGAAAGCUCUUGAUAAGAAACAAAUUCUCCUUAACAUUACCAUAAGAAACAUUAGGAAAAAAGUAUGGAGAAUGUAGCUAUUGAUUAUAGGGUGUAAAGAGAAUCACUUGAAGCAGUUCUAUGUAUCUGUGCUAUUUGCUUCAACAGGUUGAUGACAGUGAAGAAGAGAAAGGAGUUGUAGUUCUUCGUCAGUAUGAAGACCUAGAGUGGCUCUCUCACUGUUUAAUAGCUCACAAUAAUGUGGAUGGAGUUGUUGUAAGUCUGUUAACCUUUAACUCCCUGAUCAAAUCUGUAAUUCUCUUUACUGUCAACCAUACAAUUCUUAUAAUGUAAUUUCAGAGAAUUUAGUAUUGGAUCAACCAAUUAUCCCCAAAUUGAUAUUUUUCUUUUUUUCUCAUCUCUUAUCUGGUUGAUGUUGUGUAAAUAUCGUGAGAUGAAUUUCUGUCUUGGUCAUUCUUGGGAGUUAAAGGGUUAAAUUUGUCAUUUUUUAAUUUUAUUUGCUUUUUCAACUAUUUCUCUAUAUUUUUGAUUUUGCUCUAAAGUACAGCCAUGAAAGUGGGCUCGAGAAGACAAUAUCUUAACCCUUUAACUCCCAGAAGUGAUUAAAAUAAAACUUCUCCCUACAAUAUCCAUACAUUAUUCAGUAAACAGGUAAUGAGAAUAUACAAACUUAUCAGGUAGAAGCUGCUAUCUUGAUCCAGCAGCAAGUUCUCAUAAAUAAUUUACAGGGGAGUGUGUAGCAGCUACAGGGGAGAAUUAACAAUCACAUCUUGGGAGUUAAAGGGUUAAUUGAGAUAAUUUUCUUUCAUCAGAUACCACCUUUACCUCCAAAGCCCAUGACCACAGUCAGUGCUGCAGAAGCAAAAUCUAAAAAGCAACUUGGUAAGUGGGAAAUGAAACACUCCAGAGAAUCUCAGAGAUUAUUGUGAAUUGCAUCAAUUUGAUAAGCAGAGAUUCUAUUUCUUUUUUUAAAUAUGCUUUGUGAUAGCCAUUAAAGUCUAUUUAUUUAUUUCAAUUAUUAUUAUAUACCAUAAUUAAAAUACAGGAUGCUCUGUGCUGAACUUUAUUUGUAACAUGCUGCACAUUCUGAGCUGGACUCUGCAUAAUUUAGUUUAAAUAGUUUCAUGUCUUUCAUACUUGCAUAUUUGUUGUAUUGUAAGGAGUUAGGCUAUUGAAACCAUAAGUUUUUAUGAUAAAUGUUGCCUCUAAUCUACAAUAAUGAUAUUUUCCCAUCUAUUGGUACUAAUAUUCAUUUUUCCAGGGAAAGAUGCUAAAAGCAUGGUUGCUGAUGAGUUUUCAAGAGAUUGUCGCAAUGUAGAGAAGUAAGUUUUGAAAUGUUAAUAUGAAGGGAAUUGUUGAAGGGAUGAUGGCUGAUGAAAAAAUUUCUAAAUUUAUGAACAAACGAAACAAAAAAGGCAGAAUAUACAUAGAAUAUAUAGUUUAUAAAUAAUAUUGGAAUUGUAAUAUAGCAUGUUUUAUUUUAGCUUAGUUUCUUGAAGAUAUUAGCUCUACAGCUACAAUGUGUAUUUUGAGCAUAAAUAAAGUAUAUGCAUGUAUAUGUAUGUAUGUACAUGUACAAUGUUGGUAUGAACACUACAUGCAUCUGUCAAAUAUUGUUUAAAUAAAGCAAGAUUGUAGGGAAAGAAAAGAUUGAUUGGGUAGCUUCGUGAAUAAUAGAGCAAUUGAAUAAAGAAGGAAUGGGAGUAGCUAGCACAGAGAUGCAGAUUUUGGUUGUAGAGGAAUGUUCUGAGAAAUGGAAUAAUGGAGAAAAAGAGGUGCAUUUGUACAUGUGGAGACAAAGUCUUUGUUGGAGUAAAGAAAUUGGGCAAAACCAAUGAAAAGAGGAAUGGAGGAAUAGGAAAAGAGAACAGUUCAGUAAUUAUAUGGAUUUCCUGCAGAACAGAGUCUUGAAAAGAAGAACAGUGGGUUGGGAAAGUUGUUUUAUUUGCCAUUCAGGUUUUUCUCUCAGUAAACUGGCUAAGUGAAACUAAAAUAAUCAAGAAAACAAACCAACAGGAAACAAAAAACAAAUCUUAGAGAAACUUUCUAAGAAAUUAUUCAGUUCUUUGGAUGGUUGAUUUGCAUGUUUACACUGCAUAAGCCCAUCUGAAGAAUUAAAAUGGUUGAUGUCUUCCAGAUUUCUUCAACUUGUUGUUGCCCACCCAGCCUUUUCAAAAGAUGAAGAUUUGCAAAAGUUUUUGAAAGAGGAAAAUGUGAGUUUUUCAAAUAAUAAGAUACGCUUACAGGUGUUUGGCCACAAUCCCUGUAAGCGUGGAUGACUGUUUCCUCAAAAUUUGUAAACUGACAUAAUAUGGCAGAACAACACAUGAUUUAAACUCCAUAGUAGGUGUAUUUUUCAUAAAAUCAACAACUAUUCAUUGUUGGUGGUCAUAUAUGUUUUUAACACAAAAUCAGGUGACACAACAUCCACUGAGCCACUUCUAAGGUGGUAUGUAGAAAUGGAGUAAAAAAUUGAAUUGCAUUUCACUGCAAUAACCUCUUCCACCAGUCAAUGUUGUAGAAUGGUUUAAAACAAUUAAAGCAAUAUGCUACUUGAGAGGAACAGUCGAAAGUUAGGAAUUUUAUUGGUAUGCUAUUCCAGAAUAUUACCAUUUCAAUGGUAAUGUGUGAACAAUUUUCUUGCUGGUUUUUUAUAUACCUGGGGGAUUUUUUUUGCAAGAACAUGUCUGUUGCAACUUGGCAAAAGAAAGUUUGAUAAUCAUUAUUAAAUUCCUUGCUCUGAGUAAUUAUUCAGCCUGGCUUUUCAACUCAGAGACCAGUGGCUAAUUGUUUGUCCAUGGCAUCUCUCAUGCUCACUUACUGUGUAAGAUAUAAACACUUUUUUUAAAAAAUUUUAACAUAGCCACCAGUCAGAAGCAAAGUGAAAAAAGGCCUUAUGACAAGUUUAUCACGAGCUGUGGAUGAUUUCAGGCAUCAUAGUCACAAGGUACAAAGUGUUCCAUGGUUUAUUUUAUGGUUUUUUGUUUUGUUUUGAUCUUUUAUCCAAGAAAUCUUUAUUUGGUAAAAUUGUGAUAUCACUGGAUUAUUGUAAGUUUUAAUUACAUACAGUGUAUGUCUCAUUCAGGGAAGUAAAAUAUUAAUAAUUGUAGUUUGAACUGUGGUCUACACAAACAUAAGUAUGCAUAUUUUCCAUACUGUUCUUUAAACAUUUCCUGAGAUGCUGACAUGGAGAAUUUGUCUAACAAGCAAGAGCUUCUCUAGUUGGUGAUCAGCUCCUUUAUUCUCCUGACCUUAAUGUUUGGUUCAGUGGGGAUAUGGUAUAAGAGAAAUUAGGUGUCAGUCACUCUUAGGGACUAAAUUGCUGAAUACUAGGUCCAUCCUUAUCAGUGUAAGAUCCCUUGCAGGCCUCUCAGCUGCUUGUGUUGCUCUAGGUAUCAAUCUCUUCUUCCAGGUGAAGAAACACUCUUGCAAAAGUGCAAAUAACAAGGUCCUGCUGACAGAUGACCUAACUUUCUUUUGAAUUUAACCAUUAAGAGAAUAACUUGGCCUUCCUAGAAAUACAAAUAACCUGAAGUUAUUCCUCUUGGUUAGGAUCUUGAUGAAGAAUUUCAGAAGAAAAGAGAUUUUGUGGAAGAGUACACACCACUUACCAAGGAGACAUAUGGGGUCAGUAGUUGUUAUAUUUUUCCAAAUAGAAUCUUACUCCAGGGGUGCAUUAUGGUUCAGUCAUUCCCUUUACUGUUUGCCAUACAAUUCAUAUGAUGUUUGUUCAGAGAAUUUGGUUUUGGAUCAACUAAUAAUCUGAGCAUCACUUGCCUGCUUGGUGUUGUAUUGAUAUGAUGAGGAGAAAUAAUGUUUUGGUGACACACUGGAGUUUAAGGGUUAAUAGGGUAAAUACUUGCCUCUAACAACAUCAGUUUAGGCUUGGAUUCUGCACCCUGUGUUACUUGUGGUUAAAGGAUAGAGUACAUUUACAUGUAUCUUGUUGGUUUGCUUUGGGGGUCUUUUAUGGAGGAAAAAAGACCUGGAAUUAAACAAUGCCAACUCUGCAGGAAAUUGUGGUUGAAAAGACACAAUCUCUGAAUGUCAAUUAUAAAAUAAACAAUUAAAAUAUGCUUUUGUAAAUUGGCUUUGCACCAAACAGCACCCAUGGUAAGAGCAAGGUUUUAGAUGAAAGUGAGAUUUGGUUUUAGGUUUUAAGUGAGAGUGAACAAUUUUGAGAUUAAUUCCUACAAUAAAUAGUUGUUUUUCUAUUUGUUUUUUGUAGAACUUCACCAAAAUGGUACACAGUCAGCAACGUAUGUAGCAAUGUUUUAUUUGCUGGAAUGUGUAAUCUGCGUUAAGGUUGUUUAGGCUGAAAUAGCCUAUGACACCUUUAAAUCUCAAGAUUUUAGUGAAUGGUCUAGUCAAGUGAAUUUUGACAGAAAGUAUGGCCAAAACAUUGAUAUCAAAAGAACAUCCAUGUGAAAACAACAUGAGGGUGGCAAAGACAUACUUGAAGUAUUAUUCAUUAAGUAUUAUAAUGUAUUAGGAUGUUGCAAAAUGUAUGAUUGUUUUUGAUAAUUUAUGAUAAUGUAUGAUUAUGACAAUCUCACCAUGAUGGCAUAUUUAUAUAUAAAAUUAUAUGUAAGUUUGGUAAUUUUGAAUUUCUUUGUGAAUUUCAGGUGUUGCAUUAGCAGUGAAUGAUUUUAGCUCUGGCAUCAUGACAGCAUCGGCUGGUGAUGAUAAUAGUACCAAGGAAUUGAAAGGGUUUGUUGUUCUUUGUCUGAAAUUGCUAAAUGAUAUGAUUUUGUAUUAAUUACUUCAUAUUUAUGUCAUAUCUUUCCAUCAUGUAACUGUGGUGGCAAACUUCCAAUGCAAGCAAUAAUGGGCCAGGCAUAGUUUGGCUGAUUUUUUUUUUGCAUGUGAACAACCACUGUUUUACCACAUCUUACAUGCUAGCUCUACUUGCUGUAACCAUCAUGAGAACUGGCAAUAAGAGGCAAUCAAGACCUAUCAAGACCUUAGCAUGAUAGUUAUGUCUUCCUCUCUUGUUGAAGUGAUCAGCAUCUAAAUUCUCCUCACCAUAUCACUGCUGCAUAGUACAUUAAGGUCAUGAGAAUAAAGGAAAUGAUAGAAAAAAACAAAGAAGCUCUUGAUUGUUGAACUUCUCCAUGUCAGUAUAAUAGAAUUUGUACCAAUAACAGUAUGCCUUUGUUUAACAAAAAGCUAAUUUUAAAAUGUAUCUUUACUUUUACAGGAAAUUUCUGACUUUUUCAAGCGCACUAAAUGGUGUCAAGGUAUGGUAGCUUUUUAGACAGGAACCAGUGUUGCUAGCAGUAUUUUCAAUUCCAAGAGUUUAAUUUGUUUUGUCUUACUUGUGUGUAUGUGUGUCUUCUCCUUUCCUUAGGAAUCGCUGGAUGUUAUGUCCACUAAUGAUGACAACACAUUAGGUUUUACUUUAGAACUUUAUUCCAGAUACAUGGAUGCUGCCAAGGUAUGUGAAAUAUGUAUUGGAAAACUUGGAUCUUAUUGAACUCUUCAAAGGAUACCAACUUUCCUUUUGUGUGCAGGGUUAGGGAAGGGGAAAGGAGGUGACUAUUUUCUUUUAGGGUGGGGUGGGAUGAGAGCAUCGUCACAGCCUGAGAAAAGCUCAGGAUCACUGCGCAUCUAAAAAAGAAAGAGGAGGAAAACCAAAAAUAACCAAACAACAACAAGAAUUCAUCAGCCAGACUGUUGACCAAUCUAUUUCCCAUAUCCCAAAUAGUUUGUGGGUUGUGUCUUGAAUGAGAACACUGGGUUCUACCCCCUCUAUCUCUAUUACAUUCAAUUUUUUCAAUUCAUUGGUGAGUAUUAGAGCAUUUACAUGAAUGUAGCACAAGAGAGAGGUUAUCUGUAGAGAAAGCACCCUUUGGAAUAAUUAACAUUUCAUUUUCAUACUGCUAAGCAAGAGGGAUGGAAAACUUGCAAACAAAGACUGGAAUGGUGGAACGGAAACAUGAACUGACUUGGGGAAUUUUUUUUAAUUUACAAUGCUUCAUGGUAUAAUUGAAUUUGGAACCAUCAAGUACAGAUGAGCUGGAAUGUGGGACUUCUGGAUUGCAAUUCCAGUACCCUAACUUUGAAAACCCCUUUUUUUAAUUGGUUAUUUCUUCUUGCUGUCUCAAGAUGAUUAUUUUAACUGUUUACUGCACUUGUUUUGUCCAUCUGUUACCCUGCAGGAGAUGCUUUUCCGUCGUACAUGUAAACUAGUUGAGUAUGAGAACGCAACAAAAGCACUGGAAAAAGCCAAACCCAAGAACCAAGAAAUGGUAAGGUUCUGACAAACAUGUGCUUUGCACCUCUCUCUGAUUUUUUACAUGUGAUUGAGUGUUGUUUUUUUUUUUGUUUUUUUUUUUUCUCGUGAUUCACAUGAGGCUGCACUUAGCAAUAGACUCGAAGUUCAAGUUGAGCUUCUGAAUAAUUAUGGUGAACACCAGAAUUGAAGAAUCCUAAAUUGUUUUACACAUUUUUUUAUUUUUAGCUUCAAAAAGCCAAAGACGAUGCAGAGGAAGCAUACAAUUCAAUUUCAGAAGCUGCAAAGAAAGAGGUGAAUAAAAUGAUAUAAAAAAGGCCUUUUGUUUUACUUAAUAGACUUUUGGCUUACUGUUUUGCCAGAAAAUUUUGCAUGCCACCCUUGCCUGGUUGCAUUUCUUGGUUUGUUUUACAGGCAGACCACCCUGUUGUUGGUUUACUUGUUAGACACAUGUCAAACAAUAAUAUGAAUAUUUGUGCCAUUUUCAUGUUAAAACCUGAAUAUCAAAAAAUUAGUUUACACCACACAAGUGAAUAGUGUUUUUUGUACACACUGAUUGGCUAACUUGAAAGUGAUGAGCAAGUACCUUUAACCUCUGAGAAUCCAAAAUGACAAAAUCGCUCAUCAACAAUUUGAUUUUCAACCAUUUUCCUUGGUUUACAAUGAAUCCUUUGUGCCGGCGUAAUAAACAGAGGAGAAAUGGCAGAUGAUUUAAAUAUUUGUCAAGGGCACAUAAAAAGAAAUUGUCAUUUGGCUCUAACUGUAGUAGACAACCUGCUUACUCGAUUGAUUUUAAUUUUUGUUUUUUUUUUUAUUUAAAUAUAGAUGAUCCGUUACAAUAGGCAAAGGGUGUUGAGCCUGCAAGCCAGUCUUAUCCAGUACGCUGAAUCGCGGUUAAAGAAUGGAAGAGAUACCUACGCCAUUUUGGCCAAACUAUUGAAUGACAUGAAAAAAUCUGCUUAAUCAAUGAGCACAGAGAAAAUAGACGGCACCGUAAAUUUGGGAGGCCAAAAUUUGUUUCUAAUUUUCUUUAUGAAAUUAGAUUAUGUUGAUUUGACACGGAUAAUACAAAAAAUAAUUUUUAAAACGAUGCAAGGUCGUUUCAGGCAUUGGCUCACUCCAGGUGUUCAGUUAGUAAAACGGAGCAGAGACUGGAACGGAAAAGUGAAACAGCAAGAGAGGCUUGGGUUAGGUGGGAUUCAUUGAGUGACUCAACCCAAGCCUCCCUCGCUUUUUCACUUCUCUGCUACUAUAGUGCUGUUUACUAUCACACUUUGUUUUGCCGACUGAAUGCCUGGAACAGGCUAUUCAGGCACUAAUCAUAACCAUUGCAAUUUCUUCAAAUGUGAUUGGUGCAUUAGCUGCUUCAUUUUUUCACUUCUCAUUCUGUACAGCUUUAAUUGGACAGCAUAAUUGGACAGUUGGCUUUAAUCGGAUACCUGUAAUUGGACAGUUGAAGCAACGAAUCAUACUAAGUUCAGUCAGCCAAAUUCACCAAUCACAGAGUUAAUCACAAUAACCAUAGCAUCAACCACUUGUCUCAAAAAAAAAAUUAAGAAUUUCCAAAAUGGAGACAUAUUUUUUUACUGUAGACAUUGUCUAUACCAGAGAUAUUUGACCUAAAUGUAUUUCUUGUUUUCAGAAAUAAUAACAAUUAAGAUUAAAUGGUAACAGGACUUUUUGUCGUCCACUUCUUUCUGUAAUCAUACUCGUGAUUGACAAAUUGGUCUCUUGCUUUGCAGUCGUCCAAUUUUGUUAAUCACGUGUAUGAUAACAACAGACCGAAUAAGACUCCACUCAGUCCUAUUACCAUUGUAGAUUGGCUGGAAAUGGUGGCAAAAAUCCAGCAAUUACUUGAAAUUUAAUCAGCAAAUAUUUCAUGACAGAAAGAAAUUUUCCAAUUUUGUGAAGGCUACCAGCCUUGAAUGAAGGCUCCAGAACAUUCAGUAAACACUUAACAUGGUGAAUUUUCAACUUUAUGUUGUUUUCAUACAGAUCACCAUUAUACUAAAGAGUGAAUGAAUUUCUUUACGUCUUAUAAAAUAAUAUUUUUAUUAAAUCUGAAUGAAUGGGUUUCAAAUAUGCAAAGUUUUCUACAUACUUUCAAGGUAACAGACAUUAUGGAAAAAAAUUUCCUCUCCAAUCCUCUGAAAAGUACCAACCAAAAUAUUGAUUUCCUUUGUAUUGAAAAGCUUUUGAAAUUUAUAUUAGAUAUAGCGAUGGUAAGUUUUUGUUUGAAUUGCUUCAUAAUUACCUGUAAAGGCAGAACUUGACGUUUUCAGUUGACUUAAAUGUGAGUAUACUUCUUAUUCUGACGAAAACUAUGUUUUUCCAGUGUAAUUAUUUUUUUCAAUAUAGAAUGGACCAUAUACA